AUGAACCUAACAUUGGGCAUUGAUGGAAAUGUCGUCCAAGUUGGUGUCGAUUACUAUAUAGUGCCACCUGAUGGCAGCAUACAGGUACUGAACCAGACAUCCAAUGUCUCUGUUUUAUCGACUAUGUUGAGACUUGAGUACAAUGAUGAUGUUCCAAAUCAAUUUUUUGUGACGACCGGUGGAGUUAAAGGAAAUCCUGGACGUGAAACACUAAGCAAUUGGUUUGGAAUUCAAAGAUAUGAAGAUGCCUACAUCUUUUAUUUUUGUCCUGCUGUCUGUAAUUACUGCAGACCAGUUUGUGGGAAUAUUGGUGUUAUUCUUGACAAUGGCAGAAGACUUUUGGGCCUCAGUAAUCAACCACUGAAGGUUACUUUCAAGAAAGCAUAA